UUUCCGCAGUCUCUGGUCAUCCCUGUACUCUUUCCGCAGUCUCUGGUCAUCUCCUGUACUGUCCGCAGUCUCUGGUCAUCCCUGUACUGUCCGCAGUCUCUGGUCAUCCCUGUACUGUGUCCGCAGUCUCUGGUCAUCCCUGUACUGUGUCGCAGUCUCUGGUCAUCCCUGUACUGUGUCUGCAGUCUCUGGUCAUCCCUGUACUGUGUCUGCAGUCUCUGGUCAUCCCUGUACUGUCCGCAGUCUCUGGUCAUCCCUGUACUGUGUCCGCAGUCUCUGGUCAUCCCUGUACUGUGUCCGCAGUCUCUGGUCAUCCCUGUACUGUGUCUGCAG